GAUUUUUGUUGCGUUGCAGAAAAAGAUAUUUUUCGCUGUGAACGUCAAGUGAGGCGUGGAUGAGUGGGUACUUGAGAGUGUGGUUAAAAUGGGGGCCAGGCCGAUUGUGGACCUCAGUGACUGUGUGUGGGACUCACCAAAGUUCAGGCACACUGUGGAGGAGAAUGAGAACUAUGUGGAUGCCCUCGAGAACAGGCUUGAAAAGCUCAUCAAACUGACCAAACAGAUGGUGGAUUCUGGAAGAAUGUACGUCUCACAGCAAAAUUCCGUGUUGAAAGUACUGAAGGACCUGGGGAUUUUUCUGUCGGAUGACGGCACCUUGUCGUCCAUCAUUGAGAAGCUCGUGCCUGAGCUGCAGGAAAUCAGCGAUUUCCACGUGACGCUGCUGGACCAAUUUUCUCGCUCUGUCGCCCACGAUCUGUCCCAGUUUGUGUCCAAGCAUGUCGGCAAGAUCAAGGAGAGCAAGCAUCAUUUCAACAAAAUGUCCGCCGACUACGAUGCAGCCCUGGUGAAAAAUUCCCAGGUGUCCAAAUUGAAACAGCAGGACCAUGAGGAAAUGCGGAACAUGUUGAUUGCGACGCGAGGAGCUUUUUUGCACACGACGCUCGACUACGUUUCUAAAUUGAGUCUGUUGCAGGCGACCAAAAGGAGGAAAAUCCUGAGUUGUGUGAUGUCGUAUGUGAAAGCGUACGUGACGUUUUUUCGUCAAGGCUUCGACACUUGCACUGACGUUGAGCCCGAGUUGAAGAAGCUUGGAACUCACGUUUGCAGAGUUGUUUCCGAUGAUGAUGGAAUGAAUUCAAUGAACGCUGAAAUUGGCUUGAUGAAACAUCCUUUCCAUCAGAUGGUGCAAUGGAGAACGGAAAAGGCGGAUUUGCAGAGAGAGCUGGAAAGCCGGACGCAGGCUGCGCAAAACCUGUUGAGUGAGAAGUCCCCGCAAGAAGCUCUCUACCGAGAAAUCAACGGGGACGAUGCUGUGAUUGGCAGUUACUUGUUCAAGAGAACGUCGAACACGUUCAGGACCUGGCAUCGAAGGUGGUUCAUGCUGCACAAAAAUCGGCUCUUGUACCGAAAGCGCAAUGGAGAAGAAUUGACCAUCAUGGAGGAAGACUUGAAGCUUUGCACUGUGAAGCCAGCUGUGGACAUUGACAAGAGAUUUUGCUUUGAAGUUCACUCUCCAACCAGGUAUCACGUCCUGCAAGCGGAUGACGAGGACACUUUCAAGGCCUGGAUUGCAGCUUUGCAGAACGGGAUUGAAAGGGCCCUGGAGGCGAUCCCUCAUAACGAACCCUCGGAUCAAUCCCGACACUCGUCGUUGCCCAGGGGCUUGUCUGCAGCGUCGAUGUCCCAGUUUAGCCAGGGCUCUGACGCCAGUUCGGGUUCUCCCCUGCAGCCGAGGACGGCGCAAGACGUUGACAAAGGAGCGCUGUCGAAUCUGGUGAAGAUCCCUGGCAACGAUGUUUGCGCAGACUGCGGUGCUCCGAAACCCACGUGGGCAAGCAUCAACCUUGGAGUCACGUUGUGCAUCAGUGAGAAUAAUUGUUCCGGGAUCCAUAGAAGCCUUGGGGUGCAAGUGAGCAAAGUGAGGUCGCUGAAUCUGGACCAAUGGGAGCCGGAUGUUGUGAAAGUAUUUGCGGAGCUCGGGAACACGACUGUCAACAGGGUGUAUCUGGCGAAAUUUGAUGGGCUUCAGCCCGUGUCUGACUGUAGCAAUGAAGCGAGAAGAGCGUGGAUCGAGGCCAAGUACGUCCACAGACGAUUUGUGGAUGAAUUACUAGCGAGAGAGAAUAGCCAACGAAGACGCGCCGCCGUGCGGAAGUGGAGCGUGAAGAAGCAUCGACGGCGGCCCGUGAGCGCGGAUCGGAAAGUUGGCAACCCUGCGGCACAUUCCGGCCUGGCCAGGCACUCUCAGUCAUUCACUGUGAAACAAAAGGAGAAGGCGGAGGAUUUGUACGUUUUUGAAGCUGACCUGGACAUGAAGUUGGAUCAUGUCGAGAAUCUGAAGCUGUCGAGUGAUGAGGAAACUUUUGAGGAAGAGGUGUUUGAAGAGAUCGAGAACCUGGACCCGAACAGACUCUUGUUCAGGGCUGCGGAGGCUCACAACGUUCCUGUGAUGUUGAAAGCGUUGGCAUUGAAGGCGGACAAGGACUGGCAGGAAGAAGAGACCGGAAUGCCUGCCCUGCACAAGGCUGUCCUCUCUGGCUCAAACACCGCCUGUGGCUUCCUGAUGCUCAACGGAGCCAACACCAACUUGAAGGACAAGUUUGGCAGGACUGCUUUGCACCACGCGGUGGCCAAGUCUUUGACCGGUGUCGUCGGCCUGCUGCUGAGGUACAGAGCAGAUGCGGACGUGAAGGACGUCCGCGAAGAGACGCCGUUGGACAUGGCCCUGCGUCUCGAGAACGGGGACAUCACUGCCCUGUGA